CCCUGGUUCCCGCCCCCCAUGGAGCGCACUUAUUCCGCGGCGGGGCGAACGGCGGGGAGCCCUCUGGGGCGCGGCUGUCGAUCGGCCCGGCUGUCGCAGCGCGGUGCCGGACAGUGAAGGCGCAAGUGGGCUCGGCGGGGCACGUGGGCGACGCGCCGGAGAGCGUGGCCACUGCGGAGCCCGAGCGUUGUCCGGCGAUCCCAGCACUGGAGCCCGCGUGUGCUCCCCCGCGAGCCCGCCGCACCGUAGGAACCACUCCUGACUCGCCUGCCGACCCUCUGUCCUCACCCGGAGUCGGGGGAGUCAGUCACAGAAAGGAAAGCGACACAGUUUCAACUCAAGUUCAGACAAGAUCAAGAUCUGCCCUCCGGCCACGGUUAAGGCGAGCCAGCGGAGCAGGGCUCCUUCCUUGUUCGGGGCACGGCAACAAAGAAACAUAAACAGACAAAAAAGAAAGUGGCGUGUUUCGGGGAAUUCUGAGCACUCAGAAAAAAAGCAAACAUGUCCUUGGAUGACAUUAGGAUGAAUUCCAGUGAGCUCCUGUGGGAAGAGGAUCUGGCCAGCGGAGGCUUCGGAGCAGUGUUCUCGUGUUACCACAGGACGUAUGAACAUGUGAUCCUGAAAAAGGUGUACACGGGGCCCAAGCGCAUGGAGUACAACGAGGCUCUCCUGGAGGAGGGGAAGGUGAUGCACCAGCUGAGGCACCGCCAUGUGGUGAGGCUGCUGGGCAUCAUCAUGGAGGAAGGGAACUACGCCCUGGUGAUGGAGUUCGUCGAGAAGGGCAGCCUCAUGCACAUGCUCAAGGCCCAGAUCAGCAUCCCGCUUUCUGUAAGAGGAAGGAUAGUUGCAGAGACGAUUGAAGGCAUGUGCUACUUACACGGAGAAGGUGUGAUCCAUAAGGACCUGAAGCCUGAUAAUCUCCUUGUUGAUAAAGACUUUCACAUUAAGAUAGCUGACCUUGGGGUUGCUUCCUUUAAGACAUGGAGCAAACUGACUAAGGAGGAACACAACGAGCAGAGGAGGGCUAAUGGCACCGCCAGAAGAAAUGGUGGCAACCUGUACUACAUGGCCCCUGAGCACCUCAGCAACAUCAACAUCAAGCCCACGGAGAAGUCGGACGUGUACAGCUUUGGCAUAGUUCUCUGGGCAAUAUUUGCAAAUAAAGAGCCAUACGAGAAUACCAUCUGUGUGGAGCAGCUGUUGCUAUGCAUAAAAGGUGGGAACAGGCCCAACGUGGACGAGAUCACUGAACGUUGCCCCAAGGGGGUCAUUGACCUCAUGAAGCUCUGCUGGAGGGAAGACCCGGAGCUUCGGCCAACAUUUCCUGGUAUUGAUGAGCAAUUUAAGCCCAUUUACUUAAGUGAAUUUGAAGAAUUUGUAGAAAAAGAUGUGGAGAGUUUAAAGAAAGACUAUCCCAUACAAAAGGAAGUUCUGAGGAGAAGGCAUUCUCUCCAACCAGAUUGUGUGCCAGAACCUCCAAGCAGGUCAAAUUCAGAACAGCCUGGCUCACUGCACAGUUCCCAGGGACUUGAGAUAGGACCUGUGGAGGAGUCCGAUUUUUCUGCCUCCCUGGAGCACCAACAAGAAGAGUAUGAACCCAUUCUGCAGCAUAAACUCCAGAAGGAAGCCGACUAUCAUGCUUUUGGCAGGCGCAUGGACCAGCAGACAAAACAACAGCCCAUUCAGAGUGUGGCUCAUAACAUAGAGGAGGAGAGGAGACGAAGAGUCUCUCAUGACCCCUUUGCACAGCCAAGACCUUUUGAGAGUGCUCAGAACACAAAUGUAAAAGAUCCUGCUUAUCAUAGUGCAGCCGGCCACAGUAACACAGGACACCAGCCAGUAGGACUAACCAGCCAGCCGCACAUACAGAACUGGGGCAGGGAAUUCUAUAAUCUGCACAGGCCUGGAAUAAGACCAUUUGAUCCAGCAACACCGGGGGCAGGAACUUGCUAUGGGCCACAUCCAAGCCAAAUGGCCAGUCUGUUUAAGACUCCAGUGCCUGAGACCAACCUAGCAGGAAGCACACCCACCCUUCCACUCUUCUGCUUUUCAUCAACAGAUGAACUUAUAAAAUCCCAGGUAAACGUAAGCAACAGUAGUAACAUCCAGUUUGGAGCCUAUAAUUACAUGGAAAUUAGGAGAAUGAACUCACAACCAGAAAACACAUGCACAAACUUGGAAGAGGAGUCAACUUCUAAGUACCAAGCUAUCUUUGAUAAUACCACUAGUCUGACUGAUAAUCAACUAAAUCUCAUCGGGGAAAACCUGGGAAAGCAAUGGAAACCUUGUGCCCGUAAACUGGGCUUCACAGAGCCUCAGAUUGAUGAAAUCGACCAUGACUAUGAGCGAGAUGGACUACAUGAAAAGGUUUUCCAAAUGCUCCAAAAGUGGCGAAUGAGGGAAGGCAGCCAGGGGGCCACAGUGGGCAAGCUUGCCUGGGCCCUCUAUCAGUGUUUCCGGAAGGACCUUCUGAACCACUUGGUGGAUAGAGGCCAGAUUUAAUGCUGGAAGGGCUUUGGCAACAGGAAGCAAGCUCUCUGCUUUGGUGAAGAAGCACUGGAAGCAUUCAGAAUUUGUCCUCUUUGAUAUGGGUUCUAUCCCUAACUAUAGACAAUUUCCUGCACUUCAGAGCUAAAGAAUAGGAAGAGAAAUCUGUAGCCAACAGCUUUCUUUCAGGAAAAUGCAAGCUGGAAAAUCAAUCUAAAACGUGAGUUUGUAAAAGGAGAGAAGAGACAUUCAAAAAAAUCAUUUCCCUUCCGCUCCUGCCAUCGCCUUCAUAUAUGCUGUCCAUCCAGUUUCCUAGGGUUAUGGUUGAAUGACAAAGAAAGUGAAAGUAAAACAAGCCAACUUUCUUCCUGUUUUCCACAAAAAAGAGACUUAUCUUUUUGGGGGGUACCAGGAAUCAAACUCGGGACCUUGUGCUUGCCAAGCAGGUGCUCUGCUGCUGAGCUAUAUCCUUGGCCCUAGACCUCUGUCAUAAUCAAAAUGUAAAAUUAUAAAUUCUGGUCAAAUGUUUUCUUAUAAUGACAACCACAGCUUAUUCCAAAUUAUAGGAUCUGUUAACUUUGUAUCAAAUGUUCUAGCAGUCACUACAAGCCUUAAUAGUUAUGUGCUAUUGCAUUCUAUUAUGUUAAAUUAUAGCCACUUUAAUAAGCAGUUUAAGGAAAAAAAAAACACCGGAGGAAAAAUCAGGUUUUCUUGGCAGUUGUUAUAAGGACCAGCAAGUAACUGUGACUACCAGCAAAAGUUCCUGAUUAACUUUUUUUGGUUCUUUUCUAGUACUAAUACUUUGAAUAACCAUUACUUCUAUUCCCAACAAUUCUAACAACACCGUUUCCAAGCCCGUGUGUCCUGAAGAGGAAGCAUAUGUGCAGGAAGCACUUGCGUCUUUACUGCAGAAAGGCCAGAGGCGCAGAGCUGGCCACUGUUGAGCUGCUCCCUCCGCUUACCCCACUGUGCUGUAGAGACUUGUUCAUUCGUCCCUCUGUGCCAUGGAGUGCAAAGUGACAGCUUCAGAGUCUGCUUACUGCCCAUAGCACUCACGCCUCCAAAGCCCAUCUGCAUCUCAGGGAGGCACGGAAAGCACAGAAGCCUGAAGACCAUGCAGAUGGUACCACUGCACUGAGCUCUCCCAGCAGGGAGGGCGAGAGGGCACGGGGAGGCUCAGGCGGGCUCGGAAGAGAUGCUGGUGUCUUGGGUCCGUAACAGUAUUGUCAGGUCUGCUUCUGAAUCCCCUGCAACCUCAGUACGCGCAUACCAGCAGGCACACCCGGAGUGGGGCCUCAAAACAGAUCUCUGUGUUGGUACUACUGGCAUUGUAAGCCAAGUAACUGUCGUAGGUGCUGUCCUGUCCCUUUCAGUGUGUUUGUGAGCAUCACUGGCCCCACCUACUGUGCUGUAUGCCAGCAAUACUAGCUUCCCCUCUGCGCCUAGGUGUGACAAAAACGUCUCCAGACAUUGCUUUCCACAGUAUGCCUUAGAUACAGAAGUGUCCAGCAGAAGGCUCUGCUGUCGGGGAGUAUGCCUCGGCGCUCCUCUCCCACCUGUGUCUGAGCUUGUGUCUCACCUGCCAAACAGCACUAAAGCACACAGCCAGAAAGGCAACUUGGAGCAGGGAUGUUCCAGCCUGUGCUGGAGAAGCUGGUGAUUUCUAAAAACCUUCUAUUGUGGCGUGCUAAAUUCUCUGGGUUUUUAUAAAAAGAAAAAACAAAGAUUUUAUGCCUUUUUUUUUUUUAAUAAAAGUUUACACUUCGCUUAC